AUGGUGCCACCGGGACCUCAGCUGCAUCAGCACAAUCCACCACCCAAUAAUCAAUACCAUAAUGUUCUUGACCAAGCUAUGCCACCACCAAACGACGCGAAGCUUUCCACUACAGCAUCCAUGGAAACAGACAAGGAGGUGUCGGCUUCUGUAGUUGAUGGGAAUGAUCCAGCUGCUGGUCACAUUAUCUCCACCACUGUUGGAGGCAAAAAUGGCGAGCCCAAAAGGACAAUUAGUUACAUGGCAGAGCGUGUUGUUGGUACAGGAUCAUUUGGAAUAGUUUUUCAGGCAAAAUGCUUGGAAACUGGAGAGUCUGUUGCCAUAAAGAAGGUUUUACAGGAUAGGCGCUAUAAAAAUCGUGAGCUGCAGUUAAUGCGCUUGAUGGAUCAUCCCAACCAUUAUAGCAAUUCGAAUCAACGGAUGCCACUCAUCUAUGUCAAACUCUACACAUACCAGUUAUUUACGGGGCUUGCAUAUCUCCAUACAGUUGCAAGGGUCUGCCAUAGGGAUAUAAAACCGCAAAAUCUUUUGGUCGAUCCUCUUACCCACCAGGUUAAGAUUUGUGACUUUGGAAGUGCUAAGGUUCUCGUGCCUGGUGAAGCUAAUAUAUCCUACAUUUGCUCUCGUUACUAUCGGGCCCCAGAACUCAUCUUUGGUGCAACAGAAUAUACGACAUCAAUUGACAUUUGGUCUGCCGGCUGUGUCUUAGCUGAGCUGCUUUUGGGGCAGCCACUGUUCCCUGGAGAAAAUGCAGUCGAUCAACUUGUAGAGAUUAUCAAGGUUCUUGGUACACCAACUCGAGAAGAAAUUCGAUGUAUGAAUCCAAGCUAUACUGAUUUCAGGUUUCCCCAAAUUAAAGCCCAUCCAUGGCACAAGGUUUUCCAUAAGCGGAUGCCUCCUGAAGCCAUUGAUCUUGCCUCACGGCUGCUUCAGUACUCACCAAGUCUUCGCUGCACGGCGCUAGAAGCAUGUGCACAUCCUUUCUUUGAUGAACUUCGUGAACCUAAUGCCCGCCUUCCAAAUGGCCGCCCUCUCCCCCCGCUUUUUAACUUUAAACAGGAGUUGGCUGGAGCAUCACUUGAGUUGAUCUACCGGCUGAUUCCUGAGCAUGUUCAGAGACAAGCCAGUAUGAGUUUUCCACAUCCUGCUGGGACGUGA